AUCUUCGUCGAGACGCACCGGCGGCUGCAGCUGCUCUGGGCCGAGGACGACGGUCUGGACGCCGGCCGCUGGCGCUGCUUCGUCUCGCGCGGCGGCGCCGCCUCGCUCUUCCUCGAGGCGCCCGGCGAGCGGGCCGACCCCCUAGUCAGAAGCGGCGUGAGCUUCGAGUACGACGCGCAGCCGACCGAGUCGGACCGGCUCUGGGACGACCUGGAAGAUUGCCGGCCGUGCACGGACAGCGAGGUGCUGCUCAGCUACUGCACCAGCGAUUUCGUUGUGCGCGGCCAGAUCACGGGCGUCGAGCACCACGACCGGCUGGACCGCAGUGCGCUGCUGCUGAGCGCUUCGCGCGUCAUCCGGCAGACGAACGACAUCUUCCGAACGAACGGUGCGGCGACGGCCGACACGGCCGUCAGGGGACGCGUGUACGUGCCGCGCCACUGUGGCGCGCACUCCGGCCGCGCCCAGUACCUGCUGAUGGGGCGGCACCGGCUCGGCGUACCCAUGGUCACGUGCUCGCUGGCCGUCGAUGAGUGGCGCCGCAUCCGGGCGGCCGCCGAGCGGUCGGCCACCAACGAGUGCGUGCUGGAGACGUAGGCGCGCGCCGGGACCGCUGACGCCAGCCGCGGCCGACCGGGGGCGGUGAGGGGACCGCGCGCGGAGAGCGGCGCGAGCGCAGGGCUCGUCUCCACGGCCUGCGAUGUGAUUGCUUCUUCUUAUCUGUGCCGAUGCUACGUAACCUUUGCUUAUCAGUGCAAAGUGAAGACUGUGAUAUGCAUGUACAUAGUGCAAUUGAUGGAUGAGAGCGUUUAGCGUAGCGGCAACGUUGGCUGGGUCCGACCGCUGGGGCGAGACGUCGGAGAUAGAAGGCGUCUGGGCAGGGCUCGUGUCUGCCUAUGUUCGCUUCAGUACUGCGUGCCCAUUUCAGCGACAGCUGUGAGAUUAUACAGCAGUUACUGACCGGCUGCUGCGCGAGUCCCUCACCUACCCGUCAGCUGGUGAGGUUGACAUUGCUCGCGUUGCUGGUCGAGCACUGCGUCAGGAUACUUGUGAUAGCGAAAUCCGAUGAUACUUUGUUUUCCAUUCAAGUGCCAAAACGACGGUGUAAAAGGUAUGAAGUGCGCGUUGCUGAUCUACAUAAUCGAAUAACAUUUGCGCUACGUCUUGGCCCGGCUGAUAUCCCAGAGCUUUUAACCUUGACCCAGUGCGGCGACGCGUUCCCUUCGUCACGACCCUGACCUCGGGUCAAGGGCAUGUUGCGCUGCUGCGUGGAAAAACAGGGUACGUUUCAUCGUCGCACUACGGUGUGGACUGGCGGCGUCUUUCCAUGUAGCCCCGCUCUUUUGUAGCCUAGGCGUCAGCGUCGCAAGCGUUUGCGGGGCCGUGAAUUCUGAUGUGCCAACGGCCCGGGAGGGCGGUGGUCUGGGGCUCGGCAAGGUCUGUGCACGCCGCCGCGAGCGGCCGUCAGUGUCAACUGUACAUAGCACGGUGGCCAGCCCCGUCAAAGAUUGGUCGUGGUCGACCGUCGUCGGCGUGAACACGGCGGCCCACAUUUGUCCGGUUUGAGCCGGUUUUAGCUGGCACGCGCUGCGCUGGUGUGUGGUGGGCCUGACUCGGUAGACCAGCGGUCCAUGUGACCCGGCCAUGGAUGUGAGGACCACUGACUGACUGUGCGCCGCCGACCGAGUGGCAUUUGAGAGCCACCAGCCCGUGAUCUCUGAGCGAGCCCGCUGCGUGAGAGUGUCAUGCUAGCGCCGCGGUGUACAGUGAAUAUACCCUAUACACGUACGGA